AAAAUAAACCAUUGUCUGAAGUACAGGCUCGCAGGCUUCUUCCUCCGCCAACAUCUCGCGGUGCGCUCAAAUUGACAUCAAGCAGAACAUAAGCGAACAAGACGUGGGGACAAAAUGGCGGAGAAGGCUCGAGUUCUCCUCGUGGGGAGUGGUGGCAUAGGAACGAUGACAGCUGUGAAUCUGGAAAAGGGCGGGCUGGCGACGGUGGCGGCUGUGUUGCGAUCGAAUUACAAGGUGGUCACAGAGAAGGGCUUCACCAUCGACUCGUGUGACCAUGGCAAGUUCGAUGGGUGGAGGCCAUCCGAAGUUCUGUCCAAGGUGCCAGACGUAACAGCACCCGAGGGAUCGACCAAACCAUUCGACUAUGUGAUCGUCACCACCAAGAACAUCCCAGAUGUCCCCCCGACCGUGGCCGACUUGAUCCGUCCAGCCGUGACACCCGGCCGCUCAGUCAUUGUGCUCAUCCAGAAUGGAUUGAACAUUGAGAAGCCACUGAUGCAGGCGUUCCCAGACAACAUCUGUCUCUCUGGCGUGUCAUUAAUGGGUGCCGAUGAACUGAGUCCAGGCCACAUCCUCCAGAACGAUGUCGAUAGGCUUUUCAUUGGCCCAUUCCUGUCGGCUAAGAUUGAUCAACAAAAGCAGAUCGCUGCUGCAGAGGAGUUUGUACGGAUAUACUCCGCUUCAGGCAAGGUCGAGUGCUCGUAUCAGUCUGAUGUGCUGUUUGUCCGGUGGAGGAAGCUCAUGUAUAACGCCGUGUGGAAUCCAAUCUGUGCACUGACCGACCUGGACACCACACGCUUUCGACUGGCAUCCGACGCUCAGGACCCCGCCAGCCCCCUCGACUUACUGGUGAGGCCCGCCAUGAAUGAGAUCCGUGCGGCGGCCAGAGGAGCUGCCAAUGUUGAGCUGCCUGAGUCACUGGUGGAGUCGAUGGUCGAGUGUGAUCCGAUGGAGAUAUUUUGUGCUCCAAGCAUGUUGCAGGAUCGGCGCAAGGGGCGGUUCAUUGAAUACGAGAACAUCCUGGGCGAAGCACUGAGAGAGGGCGAGAGGGCAGGGAUCCCAAUGCCGACGGUGAAGUGCCUAUACGGUCUUUGCAGGGCAGUUCAGUGGCGGACCAUGGAGCUGAACGGCUUGGUCGACGCCCAGAAGCUGCUGGAGGCCAGGAUGGCCAACCCCCGCCCAUCGGGUCCUUGAGACGCGACCGCCCUAGCCCCCAGAGCCCCCAGGGAAGCCCAAUAGUAACGCCCCCAAUGGAGUCGCGGCUGGCAAACCACGCAGAAUGCUUCGUUUGGAGGUGGGCCUAGGCUGAUCGAUGCUGCUUCAGGUUAACCCUGUGAUUGGGAGCCUCUGCGCGUCCGCAGUAGCGAGGUAGCAAUCUCGAGAGAAAGACUCUUUCGCCAACUCAAUCGAC